UUUCUCCCCCUACUAGUCUUGUUUUUUGCUAUAGAUCAUUAACAAUCAAUGGGAAUUCUCCCUUCCUCCCGUCGUCAGCUACUCCGGCCACGGCGGCCACUCCUCCUGCCGUUGGUCCUUCCGACCCCGGCAGCCACCUUCCCCCUCAGAUCUGGAGCGUGGUCUCGCUUCGUUCGACAUGGGUUCCAACCCCCGCUUGGUGACAUCCUCCUUCCGCCGAGACGGCGAGCGGCCGAUGGUUUCGGGCCUGGGACUGUCGUCGUGUUCGGAGGCGUCCGAGGCACAGGGGCCGGCGUUGCUGCCUGCCCCCCCCCCCCUGCGGCGGCCCCCGCGGAGGCUUGGAGGGCUCCUCCCCCUUCCAAGAAGGAACUGUGGCGUCAGCGCCGGCGCCAGGAAGAGCAAGCGGGGUCUGCGGCCGCCAGGGAGCGCCACGAGAUCUCGCCGGAGAUGGUCGACCUCUGCUUCCGCUGUUUCGAGGAGGGACAUCUCAGGAAGGACUGCACCAACGACACAUCGUGUGCUUCCGUUGCAUCCUUCCUGGCCAUGUCUCCAAGGAUUGCAAGCGACCCAGGAGUCCGUCCCCGGAGGAGGAGCUCAGGCGCCUCACCGCGUCCAAGGUGGCACGUCGUGAGCCAGGGGGCGCAGGCGGUGCGCGCGGCCGCGGCAACGGCUCCCCCUGCUUCCGCCGCCGCCGCUGCCUCCUACGGUGCAUGCCGCCCCGGCGGCGUGGCCUAGGAGUAUGGCGUCCCGUCUGCAAAGCCCGCCGGCGGAGGAGCUCGCGCCUAACGACCUGUGCACCACGAGGCGCACCAUGGGGCUGGGAGAUCUCGAGCGGAGACUCCAGUUGGCCAUGGUGGCCUACGUUGGUGGCGCAAACAGAGGCAUCUCGCCGGAGUUCGUGUUGGAGGCUUUGAGCGCUCAGCUCGACAUCGGUCCAGAGUGGCUGUCGGUUUACCCUUUCCGUCCAGAGGACUUCCUUGUGGUGUUCGGCAGGCCGGAGCACAGGAAUCUCAUGGCGAGCAAGCCUUCGAUCGACCACUUGGGGCGGCGCAUCUUCUUCAGGCCAUGGAAUCGCCAGGCGCACGCGGUGCAUUCGAGAUUCAGCUACAAAGUUCCCUCGUGCUUGAAGGCAUCCCGCCGCACGCUUGGGACAGAGAGGUGGUGGAAGACCUGCUUGGCUGUUCUUGCAUGGUGGACAUGGUGGCGCCGGAGUCAAGCUCGCUUCGUGAUCUCUCUACUUUCAAGCUCACGACGUGGACGGCAGACCCCGAGGCCAUCCCGACGCUGCGGUGGCUGGCUAUCCCUGAGCCUGGAUUGUUCGUCCCGAUGGUGGAGCCGGCGCUGCUGCAAUACACAAGAUUCUCAUCCAUUUGGAAUCAGUGCCGAUUUCGGCGAGAGGGAGGAGCCGUGGUUCUUGACGGGGGUGGCGUCCUACGAUAGUGGGCAGAGUGGCAUUACGGACUCGGGCAGUGGGUUCAGCGCAGGCAAUGGCGCCGGCAUCGUGCCCCAGCAGCGUGCCUGGCAGUUCGGGGUGCGCGACUCCCGUGCUGGCAGUUCGGGCGCGGCCAUGGUGGAAGUACAGCCUCGCCGCCGGCGGCCGCUGUGGUGCCUGGCGCUUGCCGCCGAUGGCGCCGAAGGAGAUGAUCUCGGCGGUGGGGCCCCACUGGCGGUGAAGGACAGGUUGUCGGUCAGGAUUUCUGCUUUUGACCGCUUAUCCGAUAAGGUGGGGACCGCAAUGCCUUCUGGAAUUCAAAAUCAUAACGACUCGAUGGAGAGAGGUGCAGUCCAGCUUGCAGUCCAGGACAACGUGGCAGUUCAGGAGGGGGCGACACGCACUGCGAGCGGAUCUUCUAUUCCGGAGCCCGCGGUUCCGCCAAUUGCAUCUAGGGAGUUGGCGCCUACCGCCCCACCAACGGCUCCUGUGGGCACGGUCGUGUGCUCGGUCGGCGAGCCGCAUGCGGCCAAUCCCGCAGCGCCGCGCCAACUGGAUGCGGAUGAGGACAGGAGGAAUCCCGAGGGAGACACGGAUAUGACCAACCUGCCGGCCCCGAUGCUGAGAUCCUAGCGGGCCCAGUGGGAUUGGGUGAAGCCUCGUCUGGGCCCACGCCUGUCCCUGCGGUGAUGGUGGUGGGAGCCACUGAAGGCAUCCUGAGGCAUGCAGAUUCGAUCACGGACGUGGGCACGCGGGAUGCGUCGGGCCCUCCACUCACGCUGCAUGUGGGGCUCGUUGAUGGGACCUGUGAUGGGAAUCAUGGCCAUGCACGUACGGUGG